GCGCUCCUCGGGGACCCCGCGGGAGCCGGGCGCUCGCCUCCUGGAAGCCACCGAGGGCGCCCAGACCUCGGCGGAUUGAACAGAAACUGCUCUUCCAUUGAUUCGGCCGGGCUGGGCGAGCGGCCGGGUGCGUGUGCCCCGAGCGCGUGCGGAAGGCAGAAGGGCAGGAAGUCGGUCUUCUGCAGCGAGGGUGGCGGCACCGCGCAGGCGACGGAGCCUUCCUUAUUUAUGUGCCUGCCGGCAUUUGCCUUCUUCGCCUCAAGACUUCAGGGAGCGUCUCUGAGCUGCGUUCCCCGCGUGUGAGGCACAGAAGCAAGGGCUGGAUGUCUGAACGACAUGAUUAUCCAUUAACCUCCAAACUUUUCUUUUUUUAACCCAAAGAAUAUCGGUGAUUUUUGUCCACUGCUAGCAGCAGAAGAGAGAACCCAGGGCCCUUGAAAUGCAGCAAAAUCCUUAUUUAUAAUCAGGCCCGAGGUAGUGAUAUGCAAACCCCCUCUACUCAGUGAAUUUUCUAUCCUAUGGAUAUCAGUCUUGAGAUUUGAGAUUGGAGAGCUGUACUGUCUGCACUGGGUCCGGCAGCCUCCAUCCUUCCAAUGCCCGGUUUUCUCUGGGACUGCUGGCCUUCCCUGGCGAUCAGAGCCGUACUGUGUGCCAUGGGCUGUAUUCAGAGCAUCGGGGGCAAAGCCAGAGUCUUCCGGGAAGGCAUCACGGUGAUCGAUGUCAAGGCUUCUAUCGAUCCCAUCCCCACCAGCAUCGAUGAGUCCUCCAGCGUGGUGCUCCGCUACCGGACACCCCACUUCCGUGCCUCGGCCCAGGUGGUCAUGCCACCCAUCCCCAAGAAGGAGACCUGGAUAGUCGGCUGGAUUCAGGCGUGCAGCCACAUGGAGUUCUACAACCAGUAUGGGGAGCAGGGCAUGUCCAGUUGGGAGCUCCCAGACCUCCAGGAAGGCAAGAUUGAGGCCAUCAGCGACUCGGACGGGGUGAACUACCCCUGGUACGGCAACACCACGGAGACCUGCACCAUCGUGGGCCCCACCAAGAGAGACUCCAAGUUCAUCAUCAGCAUGAAUGACAACUUCUACCCCAGCGUCACGUGGGCCGUGCCUGUCAGCGAGAGCAACGUGGCCAAGCUGACCAGCAUCUACCGGGACCAGAGCUUCAUCACGUGGCUGGUAGCCACCAACACCUCGACCAACGACAUGAUCAUUCUGCAGACACUGCACUGGCGCAUGCAGCUCAGCAUCGAGGUGGACCCCCACCGGCCCCUGGGCCAGCGCGCCCGGCUGCGGGAGCCCAUCGCCCAGGACCAGCCCAAAAUCCUGAGCAAGAAUGAGCCCAUCCCGCCCAGCGCCCUGGUCAAGCCCAAUGCCAACGACGCUCAGGUCCUCAUGUGGCGGCCCAAGUACGGGAAGGCGCUGGUGGUGAUCCCGCCCAAGCACCGGUAA